AUGGAUGGAAUCAAAGCUUCUGGAUUGAGGGUUUCUGAAGCAGCGGCAUCGCCAUGGCAGGGAAGGGAGAGCUUAAUUAUCACUGCUCCAAUUUCAAACGCGUCAUCACAAGACACCACCGUUUCGCAGGUGCGCCGCGAAGAUGGCCUCUGUCGCCGCCGCCACAGGAAGAUAGUGGUGGUGAUGGGCCCCACGGGCUGCGACAAGACCAAGCUCUCCAUCGACUUGGCGUCGAGAUUCUUCCGAUCAUCGGAGAUCGUCAACUCUGACAAAAUCCAAAUCCACCGUGGCCUCGACAUCACCACUAACAAAAUCCCUCCCCGCGACCGGGAGAACGUCCCCCACCACCUCCUGGGCCAGUUCGACUCAUCCGAGUCGCACCCCGAGUUCACCCCCUCCGACUUCCGCCUCGUCCGAGUCGCACCCCGAGUUCAUCUACGCAUUGCUGGCGGAGAAAUUCGACCCCGCGUCGGACGCGUUCACCGUGUGCAGGGGGCUGAGGUACAGUACAAGUGUUGCUUCAUCUGGGUGAACGUGUCGUCGGCGGUGCUGGCGGAGCAUCUGGUGCGGCGGGUGGACGACAUGCUGGGGUCGGGGAUGUUCAAGGAGCUGGCCGAGUAUUUCGGCGGCUGCGAGUGGGACUCGAUCCUGAUUAGGAAUGAAUUUUGUUCAUACCUGGAAUUGUGGCCAGAAAUCGUGAAAUUAACCCCCUGCGCGAUGGAGAUCGGAACAGUAGCCUCCCCAAAACUCCACUACCGCUGA